AUGAUAAAAGCUCAAAUCAAAACAAACGCCGCAUUCGAGGCAAAGCGAAAGCCGCCACGUCUAAUUGAUCAGAAGAGUCCAAAGAAGAUCAAGAUUGGAGUCGUGCACCAAAUGACAGCAUUAGGGUACGAUGAGCUGGAUCAAGAUAUAAGGAUGGCUCAUCGCCAAAAUUAUAGACGUUUGGCCAUCAAGCUGCGUGUUCAAACUUUCCUAAAAUUUAAGGGGUACCCAUCUGUCGAAAUCGUGCACGUGUUCGUCGUGAAGGAGUCACGUGAUGGCGAAACCAACGUUGGCUUUGAAGAUCAAUUCAGAGACAUUCUGCUUGGCAGGCACUUUGAAAACGUCCUCUGGUCGGAUGAGCUGUUUGAACGCAUGCACGAUGUAGCUAAGUCAAGGGUUGACAUUGCUUUGCUGUUGCUUCUUUUUUUUUGCAAGACAAUCAAGACCGAAGCGCUGGAAAAUUGA